AGCACAUCGAGAGCGCUUCAGGAGAAGGCAGUGUGAUGUAAACAUGGAAUAAAAAACACAUUUCCUAGCGAUUAUGGAGGGAGAUACGGAGAGAUUUUCCAAGUGUGGAUGAGAGCAUUGUCUCAUUUCCGCGGAGUUGUUCUUCUCUGGGUUAACAAUAGUGAAAUGAAACGUGGGCUUUUUCGAGCUGACCCAGCAGACAAGUGGAGAUCUUUCGUGGACAAAGCAGGAAACACUCGAAGAUGUUGCCUAUUUUGAUAGGGUUGCCACAUCUCAACAGGUGAGGCCCAUUUAUCAACCCCACCGUCCUCCAUCGUCAGACUCCUCUGCUAAAAGCUGGCUCCCCUCGCGUCGGUGGACAUGGCCUCCACCGGCCGCCUUCUGGGUCUGGCUGAGCUGGGGCUGAAAUGUGACCAGGAGAUUGAAAGGAGAUAUGAGAUUGUGCCCUCGGUGGUCUGCUCUAUGAGUUGCCUCUUUGGAAUCAUCUACUGCUUCUUUGGCUACAGAUGCUUCAAGGCUGUGUUGUUCCUCACAGGCCUCAUGUUUGGCUCUGUGGUCAUCUUCAUGCUGUGCUACAAGGAGCGAGUGAUGGACACUCAACUCAGCAUAGAAGCAUCAGUGGGUAUCGGUCUUGGUAUCGGGACCUUGUGUGGCCUGGUCACCAUGUUGGUUCGCAGUGUCGGGCUGUUCAUGGUGGGCCUGCUGCUGGGUCUGUUGGUUGGCGUGGCUUCGCUGGUGGUCAUGGAGGAGUUUUACCAUCCCAAAACAGUCUGGGUUCCUCUGGGAAUUCUCUUGGGUUCCGGGACCCUGUUUGCCGUCCUUACUCUUCAGUGGCAACGUUGCUUCGUGACUCUGUCCACAGCCACCUUCGGCUCCGCCAUUAUCACGAUCACAGUGGAUUACUUCAUAGAGCUGUUUGCCCUGGUCAACUACGUGUACGAGAGACUCAAGGUGGCACCCAAGAAGCCAGUGUGCUGGUUCACGUGGGUCAUUAUGGGGGUGUGGCCUGUCCUGGCCCUGCUCGGAGUGCUGAUUCAGUGGAAAGUCACAGCAGAGGGUUUUUCUCAUACGGAAGUGGUUCUGAGCCGACAACAAAGACGAGUCCAGCUCAUGCGCAUCCGGCAGCGAGAAGAGAGACUCAAAAAGGAGAACGAGAACAAGAAGAAGAAAAAACAGCACACGCAGAAAAGCGUCCAAAAGCAGAAGGCCCACAGUCUUCACCACCAGCAGUACCACCACCCGGGGACAUCCAACCCCCAUCACCAGACGCCCAAAAUCCCUCCCUCGCAAACGGAACCUGGCUUCCAUCGUAAGCCCAACCCUAAAAAACGCUUUGAAGGAGAUGUUCUCUCACCGAGCUACAUCCGCAGUUUCAGGGACAGACAAACGGACAGACGAGCGUACUCACAGAGUCGAAUGAUGAGCCGAUCCAGGAUGGCGGAACUUGACUAUGACUGCGGUUCCCAAGUACCGCUCACAGCGCCCUCUGGACCGCCGGUUCGCAUCUGAUGCCUGGCAAUGCGUACUCCCUCCUGUAAAACACUCGUCUAUACACAGAAGGCUUAGUGUGUUUGGGCACCAGAACUUCAUCACAAAGAUGAGGAGCUGCAUGUCAUGGCUGCUCUUCUCCAAGUUCAAGUUAAAGAAAGGCGGAAGAUGAAGAAGAAUGGACUUGCCCGGUGCAAUUUUUAAUUUAAUAUCCGCUUUUUUUUUUCCAAAGAGUCAUAUUUGAUGGCUUUGAUGGAAGCUGCCACCUUCAGACGUUGCCUCAGCUCAAAGUUAUUUCCUACCCGUGUUUUCCACUGGAAUAUUUCAUUGUCUCCUAUUUUGCACUCUCCCACUGCAAGAUCUUUUCAUCUCAUCUGUUGGCUGUUAGGUGUCGUCAUCACUGGCAUUGGUCGCUACAGUAGUCCACUGCAAAAACAUGUACUAUAUAUAGUUGUGCUUCAUUUAAAUCAUAAUGUGUUUGCUUCCCCUUGUUAAUACACUGGAACCUUAUAGAGAGGAAUGUGUGUCUUUUUAUUCAAAUUAUUCAAAUUAUUUGUGAACAAAAAAAAAUAAAACCACAAAUAAACAUAAUGGAUUUGAAAUGUUUAAAUAAAUAAAUUCAAUGUAUUAAAUAAAUAGUAAUAAAUGACCAUUUAAAUAAUCAAUAUCAAUAAUAUAAAUAUUUAAAAACAAAUAUCUUAUAUUAAAAUAAAAUAUUUCACAAACCUUAACAAAAUGCUAACAAAAUAUUUGUAAAUUUUUAUGUAUGGUUAAAAAAACUGCAUUUUUUGUUUUCCAUUGGAUUUUUUUUUUAUCCAAUCAAACAAAACUGAUUUGAACCCAAAACAAUUAUUUGCAAACUGAUUCAUGAGAUACAUUUUUAAAUUUGUAAACAAAAGCUGAAUUUUUCUCUCUUUUGUUAACUUAAGGAAGAAAAUGUGUGUCUUUUUAUCCAAUUAAAUUAAUUAGAAAAUAAAAUAAUACCAAAAAUUAUAGAAAAAGACAAAAAAACAUAAAUAAUAAAAAUAAAAACAGAACAAUUUUGUGAUUUUCAACAAAAGCAGUAUUUGCAAACAAAAAAAUGUAUUGGAAAUGUAAAGAAUAAAUAUAACAAUAAAUAAUGAAUAUGGUUAGAAAAUAAAAAUAAAAUAUUAAAAUUAACAAAUACAUACAAUUUCAGGAAAUGCAAACAAAUUGUAAAUUUUCAUGACAAUUUUUAAAUUGCAGCAUUUUUAAAAAUAAAAUUUUGGUCAAAAUACUGUUCACAAAUGCAUUAUUUUGUUUGAAUUUUUGUUUGCAAAUAAUUGCCAUCAUUUCAAAUCAUUUUUUCUUUGAAUAAAAAGAUACAAACCUCUCUCGGUAGGACAUCGAGUAGGGUGCUUUGUUUGGACGCUCGAUUUCACAGAACGAUACGCUACAGGCCAAACUCACUUAAAAGUUAUCUAAGUGCAAUACUGUAGGAAAACCAAGACAACAUUCUCGCCAAAAACAGAAUCAUACGAAAACCGAGGGUGGACUGUAUGUCUUUGUCUUCCCUUUUUAUUCCCUAAUUCUAUUUAAGCAAAAAGCACACAGGGAAUUGCCCCAAAAGGAAACAGACUAAUGCAAGCAGGCAACACGUAACAAAGAACAUGCAAUGAAAUGUGCUGCAGUGUUGGUGUACACACACAUAAACCCCAUUGGCAGCGAUGGAUCGUACCAAAUACUGGCUCAAGGAGGGGGGUUGUUUACAAUGUAUGUAAAUGUAAUCAUGUGAGGACUUGGUUAUGCUUUUGUGUGGUCAGUGCACUGUUAAAUGGAAUCUCUAUACACUACAACACAAUGUCAUUACGCAUGACAGUCAUAUUGAUGAUGGCUGUGAGAUGGAAGGAGUUGCAAUGGCGCCCUCUAAUGUUUACAACUGGACUUUUGCUUUUUUUGUUAGGUUUUAUAAAUUCUUGUUCUGGAUAACAGACAAUGGACAUAGUGUAAUAUUUUUUUUUGCUUUUUUUUUUUGCUUUGUAACUAUGACCAUUUCAUUGUUUGUACAUCUUGAAGAUGUUUUCCAUUGCACUGAGGUCAAUGCAGAAUGUGGCCGUGUAAAAGUUCAUGCAUGAGAGUCCUUGUCCAACUGUUGUGUUUUCUUGGUGUCGGUGUGUCUACGUGCAUCGUGUCCUCCUAAGAAUUUAGCAGAAAUCACAUUAGUUAACGUUAACGUUGAAAUGUGACGGUUUGCGUCAAUCGCCAAUGCAAAAAGAGGCAGUCAGGACGUACUGAAAACGAGGAGGGGGCAAUACUGUUAAUUUUGUUAUGGAUAUGAUAGCAUAUCAAUGCAAGUCAAUGCAGGGACAAUAUCGGCAAUGCUGAUACAGACAUUUUUCGAUGAAGGGAUCGUUUUGUUUUGUACACAAGAUAACAGUUUGACACGUGUGAACUUUGAAAUGUAAAAAUAAAUAAGUUAAUUGUUAAUUAAUUAUAUUAAAUCAUGAAUAAUAAUUAUUAAACAACAAUAACACAAAAAUAAUAAAAUAAAUAUUAAAUAAAAAUAUUGAAUGUAUUUUUUACAUAGCAAUUAAAAACAGGCAAUUAUACAAUUUAUAAACAAAAUCAUUAAAAAAUAAUUUUAAACUUUUUUGUGAACUUUGACAUCUAAAAAGUAAUUACUCAAUUAAAUAAAUAUGGGUUAUCAUGAAUAAAAAAAUAAUUAUUUUAUUAAUUAAUUAAUUAAAAAUAUUUUGAAAUAUUUUUUUUCAUAACUUCAGAAAAUGCACCCAAAAUGUAUAGUUUCAGGAGAAGGAAUUUGAAAUUUGUAAACCAAAGCACAUUUAAAAAAAUAAAAAUUAGCAAAUAUUUUUUUCAUUAUUCUCAAAUCUAUUAUUUUUUGGCAUUUUUUUCUACCUUUUUAAAUUUCAAUUCCAUUUUUCAUUUGGAUAAAAAAAAACGAGUCCCCAGCCCCUGGUUUCAUUCUUUUUGCAUCAAACUCAACAAAAUUCUUAUGAGGAUAGGCGAUUGUUUGUUUGUGUGUUUUUGUUGAGUUGUGACAUCCAAAUUUGCUUUGUGGGUCUUCGACUUCACCUCAGUGUAGUUUCCCUAAUAUAGAAAUACAUGUACAGGACAACAUGUUAUAUCUCCAUGAGGUCUCCUCUUAGUGUCUUGUGUUUCAAGUGUGCAGGAAAAGGGCUUUGAAAAGGUAUGAAGUCAUGUUGUAUUCAAUGUUUGUUAUGUAAUUCAUUGUCGGAAUUUUGCAUUUCUGUGUUCUUUUAACAAGGCUUUGUAUUGUAUUGGGGGACAAAUGGAUAGGCCUUUGAAAAAAAUAGCAAAGAAGACUCAGUACUUUGUUGAAUUGUUAUCUGCAGUCCUUGCAGAAUAUGCUGAGGUGGCGCUUUCAUUGUAGAUAUUGAUCUGUAAAUACUUUUUAAAUGUAUUGAACGUUUGCUCGAUGUUUACACCACGGUCAUGUAGAUCUUUUUUUUUCUGUGAUUUCUUUACUGGUGCAGUAGAUUUUUCUUUUUAUUGUGUUAUUGCUGAAUGUUCAAGUAGUUUCUUUUUAUUUGGGAAGCGAUGAGAUACAGAGUCAACCAACCGCCUCCCUUUCAGUAUUAUUCAUAUGAUUUGUAUUAUUAUGAUUGCGCAUGUCUUUAAAUGGACCUAUGAUAUUAUUAAACAUACAUGGAAUUCUACAAA